AGUCCACUCGACGGUACCUGUCAUGCGAAGGGCUAUGCAACAUGUCCGGAUCCGAUACUCAGAGAAACCACGAUAGCCUAGCACUGUCGCCCAACUUCCCUUUGCCAGAAUCCCAAACUUUGCACCUUAUCCGAGCCCAUGUGUCCAACGCGCGCGCCUUCACUUCCACCCGAGCUGGAGCUACGGAUCUUCGAGCUCGCAGCCGACCUAGAUCCCGGCACAAUACCCGUGCUGCUGCGUGUCGCGCAAGAGUGCACAGCUGCGGAGCGACGAACGUCCUGGUCUGCGGGGUAUGCGGGAUCCCGAUAUCCUGAGCACGAUGCAGAGCGCUGGGUUUCGCGUCGAGAAGAUGCUGCUCCUGGUGCCUCUCUCGGAACCGGACUCGAAUUUUCCUCUCCCGUGUCAUUGAGUGCGCAUCUCCCCGAGCUGCGACGUCUCCCUGCACUAACCCAUCUCGCCAUCGACGCGCGAACUCCGCUCGCGACCAUCGAUGCGCUGUUACGCCAGGAUCUGCGCGUUGUUCUGUUGCUCUGGGACCUGGAGAGCAAGCUUGAUGAUGCAGUGCCGGUCUGGGCGACCGUCGGGUCGUGGUCUGUGCUGGCCACUUCGAGUGGAUAG